AUGGACCAUGGACAAGCGGAGACUCUACCCUGCCCUUUUUGCAGCUUCACUGAUUCCGAUGCCUACUUCUUGGCCCAGCAUGUCGAACUCUGUCAUCCGGAGAACGGCCAUUCUCCCUUCAUAGCUGACCAGGAAGGUAGCUCAGAGGCCUUGGACGGCGAAGCUGGCGCAGGGGAGUAUAUCGACUGUCCUCGUGGUUGCGGCGAAGUUGUUUUGGCUGCAGAUCUCCCAAGUCACCUAAAUCUUCAUGUUGCUGAAGAUAUAGCUUUCGAAGACGAGGAAGCAGAGGUGAGGCAAUUGGAAGAGACGCCCGCGGAAUAUCAAGACGAUUUCGAUAGAGCUAUUGAGCAUUCCGAUGGGGGGUCUUCUUUGCGUCUACACAAAGGGCUCUCCAAAGACCGCCAUCGUCAGGGGCCCAGCGGAAAGCAGGGAUAUCACGAAAAUACAUCACUCUCGACGGUCCACGGUGGAAAUGCAAAAAGAUUAGGGCGUGCAGAACUGGGCCCCCAUGCUCACGAGAAGCAGAUGCCCUCGUGGCUUCGUAAGAUGCUGGAGAAUGGGGCAAAUAUCAUUCGGAUAAACCGUAUAGGCUCGAAUGGCAUGCUUGAACGGCAUGAGGCCAUCGAGAACGAGACCCCAGGUGUUGUUCCUGUCCUUAUACAGCUCUGUCAACAAGACAAGUCUGUCCAGCGCGCUUUCUUCUGCAGCGAAAAAGUGCGGCACGUCUUCAAGAUGCGGAUGGAGGGCGGGUUUUGCGGUUACAGGAAUAUCCAAAUGCUUAUUUCGCAUGUCCAAGACGCCAAAAGACCAGGCCACGAACACUUCCCGGGAAGGCUACCGACGAUUCUCAGGCUCCAGGACCUGAUUGAACAGGCAUGGGAUAUGGGGUUCAACAGCAGCGGGAGGGUCGAGACAGGCGGUAUCAGAGGGACGAGGAAGUAUAUAGGUACCCCAGAGGCACAAGCUCUAUUCCAGAGUCUCGGGAUCAAAUGCGAAGCCAACGCUUUUCAUGAAACGAAGCAAUUACGAGCCUACGAUGCUCUUCUCAUCAAUGUGGCAGAAUAUUUUCGACAGGGUGUCUCGCUGGAAGGAAACGACAAAGUCCUCAAGACCGAUCUACCACCGAUCUAUCUCCAGCAUCCUGGGCAUUCUUUGACCAUCAUUGGUUUUGAGGUCCGGGAGGAUGGCACCGCAAAUUUGCUGGUGUUCGAUCCUAUGUUUAGGACGUCUCCUGCGAUUCAGAGGCUCAUCGGCACCUCAAUCAGGCCCUCAGCGAACCCUGCACGGUUGAUGAGAGCUUAUCGGAGAGGUACAUCUUAUUUACGGAAGUUCAAAGCGUUUGAGACCCUCAAAUUAUCGCCAAUAGAUGAGUCGGUGAAUAAAUAA